AUGCUCAUGGCGCACUUUUCAUUAUUUUCGAGCUCUCUGAGCACUUUUGUCAUCAUUAUCAUCUUGAUUUUCACAAUAGCCAACUAUUAUCAACUUGUGAGUACGUUAAAAGAUUUGGGUGAGUUUUGGUGAGGCCAUGAAGUCGAAGAAAGUCGGUUUACAGACAAAAGGCUAGUUGAAACGGAUGUUUUUGGAGCCAACAGAGCUCCUCAGCUCUACCCUCUUUUUGAGCAAUUUCCGAUUCGAGAACUUCGACGAAACGCUCUUCUGAUGGCUGAAAGUGUGCGAGCGGAAGUACUAAAACACGCAGUCGGCAAGGAUAACAGAAACUUUUACACCAAACUGAAGCCGGAAGCGUUUUGUGAGAAGACGGAGAGGAUCGGCGAGAAGGGCGACGGCGGGAAGGUGGUUUGCAAUCCAAGCGUCGUUCGCGACGAUUGCACGUGAGUCGACGGUGUUCGGGAGCUGGCCAAAUGCAAUAAAAGUUACAGGUUGAUGUCAUUGGGGUUGAAUAAUCAAGUAGGAUUCGACCAGGCCAUCUACAAAAUCACCGGCGAAAAGUGUAAACUUAUAGGAGCUGAUAAGGUUUUGUACAUAUGGAAAAAGUCUAGCAAUUCUUCCCAAAUUCAGGAUCCACAAAACAUGAACACCGCCCGUGCGUACUCCGCGAUGGGCGGCCGCCUGUUCUCCGGAAAGAUCCCAGAUGAGAUCACAAUUCCCGAGAUGCUCGUUCAGGCGCAUCGAAAACAGAUUGAGGUUCUGAAGAUUGAUAUUGAAGGCGACGAGCGUACAGGUUUGGAACCACUGCUCAAGGACACCUAUGUUUGUCAGGUCACAUUUUGUACUUUACAACUCCAAUUACGUACAUUUGUCUGAUUCAGAUCCUGAUCGAAAUCCACGGCUGGCCGCCGGAGCACCUGGAAAUGCUGCAAAAGAUCGCGAGAUACGGCUUCCGACUCUACAACAUCGAGGAGAACUAUUUGUGCUCCAGAUGCUGCGAGUACAGUUUCAUCAACGAACUCUGCAUGUUGCAGUUCGGAGUGGUCCCGCUCGCAAUAACAAUUCCGCACAAUAUCACGAAUGGAUAG